AUCUAGUUUCUCUCAGGAUUUUAGGGACAACAAUUUUGACGUGGUGGUUUUAACAGUAUUUUUUAAUAUUUUAAAGCAUCGAACGAAUCAUAAACGAUUUUCGGAGUGUGUGUUUGUCAUUCAUAAGUGUUAACUUCGAUAGGAAUAAAAUAAUUCGCUACGACAGGAUUACGGUUUCGUUAAUCGGGUUUUGGGUCAGAAUGGUAAGCAUUCGAUACAAACGCUAUCAAAAAAGAGUGUGGUUUAAAAUACAUUGCGAUAAUAGAGAUGGAAAAACAGAAAAUGGAUUCCGACAAAGGGAUGGAAGAACAGACAAUGAAUGUGUAUAUCGUUGUACAUUUAUUGUUAUAAGCAAUGGAUUAAAGUUGUCAUUAAGAUGAACAUCCGUCCUGACGCAAAUGUGCAUGACGUCACAUACAUCGUACGUCCUGCUUCCAUGGCCACCACGAAGCAGGCGUAUAAAUUCCGCGUCAAGAGCAAGUUGCGUCGCCUACGCUCAAAAUUGUUCCAAGGCGACAAGAAAAACCUGCAGUUGACCCUGUUUGAAAACUUGAAUGUUGAUAAAACAGUGAAGAAAAGUUACGAUAAAGACAUCCAUAUUGUGAGUCGCAGUGCUCCUUAUCAAAACAGCAAACUUAUACUUCCGGUCUGGAUGCGAGGAGACGGCGCUGAGGACGUCACAUUGAAAGAACUCCCACUGAGAACGCGCGGUGAUGGUGCGGAAGACGACAAAACGUGGAUAUCUCCGGCUCGCACUCACGGCGAUAGAACUGACGGUGACGUUACUGGGCCUCGCAGUCUUUGUGAUUUGGACGCAGCUUUCCUAUCGGAAGAUGAGACAUGUGACGUUCGUGAUGUAGACAUUGCCACGAUUGAUGACGUCAGCGUGACGUCAUACCACGAUAUCGCUUUUGUUGAAGAAGGCGACAGCGUGUUUGAGCUGGAGAAGAACGUCUUUGAUGACGUUGACGUCUCUAUGACGACAUUAACACGACUGCGUUCUGUGUUCAGUGAAGGUGGUAACAUUGAAGCUAUAGUUAGUGACUCUGCACUCGAGAGUUUUAUGAGAGAUUAGAUACACUCAGUUGAUCUUUCUUCAUUUCUGUUAAAUGUUUCAAAUGUGCUAUUAUGCU